CUUAUUCAGGCUGGGGAGAGGAGCCGAGUGGAGGGGCGAGCGAGGCUCCGGCAGCGCAGGGGAUCCCGGGGAGGCGGCGGCGCGCGGCGGAGCCAGUGGCCGGACAUGCCCCGGAUCCGGGGCCGCUGCAGCACCGCCGCCGCCCGGAGCCAGCCGGCCGGACGCCCGCACGCCUGGGUCCCCUGGCGCCGCGCCGCCCGGGGGCUGCGAUCUGGACCCUCGGCAUCCGACCAACAAUAAGCGCCUAGACAGCCCCCUCCCCGCCCCGCGCCCGCCGUCCCCGCGGGCCUCGGGGAAAGUGAAAGGAGGAGGCGAAGGAAGGAAGGAAGGAAGGAAGGAAGGGAGGAGGAGGAGCAGGAGCGGCAGCAGCCGGAGCCGGGAGGUUUGGGCCGAGACCCCAGCCCGGAGCCCCGGCACGGCUUUGCGCUAGCUUUCCCGCUGCUGCCGGCGCCCAGGACCAUGCUUCGCGGUUGGGAGGCAGGAACCCAGGCAACCAGCGCCUCCGGGAUACCUGCUCGCGGGCCGGGCUGGUAUUAAGAUCAAGGCGUCCAGGAUCAAAAAGACCACCGCCUGCCCGCCUUCUCCGCGGCUCCACCGUCCUGCUGGAGGAUCCCAGUCCACCCAACGACCCUGACCUGGUUAUGGCGUCCAGCUCCGGCCUGGCGUGAGGACCCCCGACCAGUCCGAGGUAGGGAAACAGAGCCAAGGCAGUCUUCUGGAGAAAAGGGAUUCUCACUUCAUUCUAUGUGUAGGGAGCCCCCAUCCCAGACCACACCCCUGAACCUGAACCUGACACACAUUCCUCAGAGUCCCUGCUCCAGUACCGAGUACCUGGCUGGGCCCCGAGCACGCACAGGGGUCGUAGCCCCACUGUGUGUGGGAGCCAUGAGGAUCCUGGCUAACAAGACAAGGCUACCCCACCCCAGGAGGAGAGAGGCUCCAGGGAGUCCACCGCUGUCCCCUCGAGGCCACUGCCCCCCUGCCCCAGCCAAGCCAAUGCACCCAGAAAAUAAAUUGACCAAUCAUGGCAAGACAGGGAACGGAGGGGCCCAAUCUCAGCACCAGAAUGUGAACCAAGGACCCACCUGCAACCUGGGCUCCAAGGGCGUGGGGGCGGGGAGCCAUGGGGCCAAAGCCAACCAGAUCUCACCUGGCAACUCAAGUCUGAAGAACCCCCAGGCAGGAGUGUCUCCUUUCAGCUCACUCAAGGGCAAGGUGAAGCGGGAGCGGAGUGUGUCUGUGGACUCUGGAGAGCAGCGGGAGGCAGGAACUCCAUCCCUUGAUUCAGAGGCCAAAGAGGUGGCACCCCGGAGUAAACGGAGGUGUGUGCUGGAAAGGAAGCAGCCGUACAGUGGGGACGAAUGGUGCUCUGGACCAGACAGCGAGGAGGAGGACAAGCCCAUUGGGGCCGCCCACAAUUGUAAUGUAGCAGACCCAGCCAUGGUGGCCCCACAGCUGGGUCCUGGCCAAACUGCCCAACUACCCCUCAGUGAGAGCAGUGCACCAGGCCCCCAACAUGGCCCCCAGACAGGCCUUCGGCCAGACGUCCCUGGGGGUGGGGGUGGGGGCGUCCCAGGAAAGCCUCCGUCACAGUUCGUCUAUGUCUUCACCACCCAUCUGGCCAACACGGCGGCAGAGGCAGUGCUGCAGGGCCGGGCAGAGUCCAUCCUCGCCUACCAUCAGCAGAAUGUGCCCCGCGCCAAGCUGGAUCAGGCCCCUAAAGUGCCACCCACCCCAGAACCACUACCCCUGAAUACGCCAUCAGCAGGUACACCACAGUCCCAGCCACCUCCGUUGCCACCGCCACCCCCAGCCCCUGGCAGUGCCCCUCCUGCUCUGCCCCCGGAGGGGCCUCCUGAAGACACCAGUCAGGACCUGGCCCCCAACUCAGUGGGAGCUGCCAGCACAGGUGGUGGGACUGGGGGCACCCACCCUAACACCCCAACGGCUGCCACUGCUAACAACCCCCUGCCUCCUGGAGGAGACCCUGGCAAUGCUCCUGGCUCCGCCCUGCUGGGGGAGGCCACGCCCACAGGAAACGGGCAGAGGAACCUGGUGGGCUCAGAGGGCCUGUCCAAAGAGCAGCUGGAGCACCGCGAGCGCUCCCUCCAGACGCUGCGAGACAUCGAGAGGCUGCUGCUCCGCAGUGGGGAGACUGAACCCUUCCUCAAGGGCCCCACUGGGGGAGCUGGUGAGGGAGGCCCACCGGCACAAGCGCCCGCCGCUGCCCAGCCCCCUCCCUCCGCCCCUCCUGGGGGCCUGAAGAAGUACGAGGAGCCUCUGCAGUCAAUGAUUUCACAGACACAGAGCCUGGGAGGCCCCCCACUGGAGCAUGACGUGCCGGGGCACCCUCAGGGUGGAGACAUGGGACAGCAAAUGAACAUGAUGAUGCAGAGGCUGGGCCAGGACAGUCUGACACCUGAGCAGGUGGCCUGGCGCAAACUGCAGGAAGAGUACUAUGAGGAGAAGCGCCGGAAAGAGGAGCAGAUUGGAUUGCACGGAGGCCGCCCUCUGCAGGACAUGGUGGGAAUGGGGGGCAUGAUGGGGAGGGGGCCCCCACCUCCUUACCACAGCAAACCUGGAGAUCAGUGGCCACCUGGAAUGGGUGCACAACUCCGAGGACCUAUGGAUGUCCAGGAUCCCAUGCAGCUCCGACCUGGACCUCCCUUCCCCGGCCCCCGUUUCCCAGGCAACCAGAUGCAAAGGGUACCUGGAUUUGGAGGUAUGCAGAGUAUGCCCAUGGAAGUACCCAUGAAUGCCAUGCAGAGACCUGUAAGGCCCGGCAUGGCUUGGAACGAAGACUUGCCCCCUAUCGGGGGACCCAGCAAUUUUGCCCAGAAUGCCGUGCCCUACCCCGGUGGGCAGGGUGAGGCAGAGCGCUUCAUGACGCCCCGUGUCCGGGAGGAACUGCUGAGGCACCAGCUGCUGGAGAAGCGGUCAAUGGGCAUGCAGCGUCCCCUGGGCAUGGCAGGCGGUGGCAUGGGACAGAGCAUGGAGAUGGAACGGAUGAUACAGGCGCACCGACAGAUGGACCCUGCCAUGUUCUCGGGACAGAUGACCGGAGGAGAUGGUCUGGCCGGCACUCCCAUGGGCAUAGAGUUUGGUGGAGGCCGGGGCCUGCUGAGCCCUCCGAUGGGACAGUCUGGGCUGAGGGAGGUGGACCCACCGAUGGGGCCAGGCAACCUCAACAUGAACAUGAAUGUGAACAUGAACAUGAACAUGAACCUGAAUGUGCAGAUGACGCCACAGCAGCAGAUGCUGAUGUCACAGAAGAUGCGAGGCCCCGGAGACAUGAUGGGUCCUCAGGGCCUCAGUCCUGAAGAGAUGGCUCGGGUUCGGGCCCAGAACAGUAGUGGCAUGAUGGGGGGUCCGCAGAAGAUGCUCAUGCCUUCACAGUUUCCCAACCAGGGCCAGCAGGGGUUCUCUGGGGGCCAGGGACCCUACCAAGCCAUGCCCCAGGACAUGGGCAACACUCCAGACAUGUUCAGCCCUGACCAGAGCUCCGUGCCCAUGGGCACUGUGGGCACUGCCCGGCUCAGCCAUAUGCCUCUGCCCCCUGCCUCCAAUCCACCCGGGUCUGUGCACUCUGCCAACAGGGGGCUGGGCAGGCGGCCUUCAGAUCUCACCAUCAGUAUUAAUCAGAUGGGCUCACCAGGCAUGGGGCAUCUGAAGUCACCCACCCUUAGCCAGGUGCACUCGCCCCUGGUCACCUCACCCUCUGCCAACCUCAAGUCACCCCAGACUCCCUCCCAGAUGGUACCCUUGCCUUCUGCCAACCCACCAGGACCUCUCAAGUCACCCCAGGUUCUCAGCUCUUCCCUCAGUGUGCGUUCACCCACUGGCUCACCCAGCAGGCUCAAGUCUCCCUCCAUGGCGGUGCCUUCUCCAGGCUGGGUCGCCUCUCCCAAGACAGCUAUGCCUAGUCCUGGGGUCUCCCAGAAUAAGCAGCCGCCUCUCAACAUAAACUCUUCCUCUUCCCUGGGCAACAUGGAACAGGGUGCGCUCCCACCCAGUGGCCCCCGGAACAGCUCCUCAGCUCCUCCCGCCAACCCUUCCAGCGGCCUCAUGAACCCCAGCCUACCAUUCACAUCCUCCCCAGACCCCACACCUUCCCAGAACCCUCUGUCGCUGAUGAUGUCUCAGAUGUCCAAGUAUGCCAUGCCCAGCUCUACCCCGCUCUACCACAAUGCCAUCAAGACCAUCGCCACCUCAGACGACGAGCUGCUGCCGGACCGGCCCCUGCUGCCCCCACCCCCACCACCACAGGGCUCUGGGCCAGGUAUCAGCAAUAACCAGUCCAACCAGAUGCACAUGAACCCCGCUGCUGCCCAGAGCCCCAUGGGCAUGAACAUGCCAGGCCAGCAGCCCCUGUCCCAUGAGCCUCCCCCUACUAUGUUGCCCUCCCCCACCCCUCUGGGGUCCAACAUUCCAUUGCACCCCAAUGCACAGGGGACUGGGGGCCCUUCUCAAAACUCAAUGAUGAUGGCCCCAGGAGGCCCAGACUCCCUAAAUACCCCCUGUGGGCCUGUGCCCAGCUCCUCCCAGAUGAUGUCCUUUCCUCCUCGUCUGCAGCAACCCCAUGGUACCAUGGCCCCCGCCGGGGGUGGGGGGCCUGGCCUGCAGCAGCACUACCCUUCGGGCAUGGCCCUGCCUCCUGAGGACCUGCCCAAUCAGCCACCUGGUCCCAUACCUCCCCAGCAGCACCUCAUGGGCAAAGGCAUGGCUGGCCGCAUGGGCGACGCGUAUCCACCCGGGGUGCUCCCCGGGGUGGCAUCGGUACUGAAUGACCCAGAGCUGAGUGAGGUGAUCCGGCCCACCCCUACCGGCAUUCCUGAGUUCGACUUGUCCAGGAUCAUCCCCUCUGAGAAACCAAGCAGCACCCUCCAGUACUUCCCCAAGAGCGAGAACCAGCCCCCCAAGGCCCAACCCCCCAAUCUGCAUCUCAUGAACCUGCAGAACAUGAUGGCGGAGCAGACCCCGUCUCGGCCCCCGAACCUCCCAGGCCAACAGGGGGUCCAGCGGGGGCUCAGCAUGUCCAUGUGCCACCCUGGACAGAUGUCCUUGCUGGGCAGGACAGGUGUGCCCCCACAACAGGGCAUGGUGCCCCAUGGCCUGCACCAGGGGGUCAUGUCCCCUCCACAAGGCCUCAUGACCCAGCAGAAUUUUAUGCUGAUGAAGCAGAGGGGUGUGGGGGGUGAGGUCUACACCCAGCCUCCCCACAUGCUCUCCCCACAGGGCUCCCUCAUGGGCCCCCCACCCCAGCAGAACCUCAUGGUGUCCCACCCUCUGCGGCAGCGCAGUGUGUCUCUGGACAGCCCAAUGGGCUACCUCCCGACGCCGGGCAGCAUGGCCAAUCUGCCCUUCUAGCAGGCCCCUCGGCCCGGGGCUGGGGAUACUGAAAAUAUGUUAACUUUAAAACGUUUUGUUUUUUCCUCCAGUGUUGGGAUGGAUGGCCUGGGUCCAGGGUAGGGUGGAGGGGUGGGAAAGGGCUUGUGUGGGGAGUGGUGUUUGUGGAAACCUGAUGUGCUGGCAGCUUAGGGGGAAGCAAGUGUUGGGCGAGGAGUUGGGGUUUGCCCCAUUUCUGCCACCAGGACUGCUCCUCCCCGCCCCCACCCCCUCCCCGGCUUCCUACGGAGCUUCUAUUUUCCCUUGUCUUUGCCCUUCUUCGCUUUCAGCUAUGUUUUGGGCGUCCUUGGGGAGAGAGGUCUUCCAUCCUCAGACCCGGUGUGGACUGUCUCCUCGCCCAUGCUUCAGGUCCGCUUCUCCCCUCCCGGUCGUCUCUCUGCUUUUACCCUGUUUUUCUUCUGCCUCAUUUCCUCUCCCGACUGACGUGGCCGACCUCCUCUCCCACGCCCCCUGCAGGCAACUGGCCAGGUGGGCAGGUGCCAGCCGGGCUGUAAAUAGAGCUGGCCUUCGUGCCGGUUUGUGCGUGUGCCGUAUUUGUGUGUUUUGAUAGAAGUCACACACAAGAAAAAAAAAAAAGAUUGAGAAAAGAAAAAAAAAAACUUCCCCCUUUCAAAUGAUCACACCCUCCAUUCCCCUGGACCCAGAGACAUACAGUCCUCCGCAUCCCCAUUCGCCCCACCUAUAAAAUGAGGUCAGACCGUCUAGGCUUCUAUUCGGUGAGCCCCCGAGGACUGGGAAUCACCCCCUUCCCUCUACGGUGGCCGCCUGUCUGCUGCUGAGUGAUUUCCGGAGAGCAGGUGUGCGCACAAGCAUGUGUUUACCCACACCAGUGACAUAGGCCCCAGCCUGGGUGCCUCUGCUGCUACAUCUUAGCCAGAACUUGAAGCCCUUCGUCCCCGUUCUAGGAUAAGGGAGAGAAGGAAGGGGCAGUGCUCCCCUUGGAAUGGAGCUAUGAAGGGGUUAGGAUGCCGGGACCCUGGCUGCAGUAGCCUCGGGCCAGGAAACCCCUCAGGGCAUGGACCCUUCUAGAAACCACCACUCGCUUCUCACCAAAGAAGGAAGGAACAGAGUUGGCCCUCCAGCCUCCACCUCUAGUGGAGUGAGGGAAGGCAGUGUGGGGGAGAACGCCCUGCUGCCUCCCCCGCCUGCCUACUCUCUGGCAAGGUCCUUCUGUCCAGGGCUCAGGGCCAUGUACCAGAUCUGUCUAUGCCCACCAGGCACAGCCACUGCCUCCCUCUGACUUCCCAGGAGAGCCCCUCACCCGCCGCUGGUCAGACUGAAGCCAUACAAGAAUGGGUGUUUUGUCUCCUUUGGCCCCAGGAGUAAACUACUUCUGCUUUUCUCACGUCCUUGCCUGCCUUGUAAGGUGGCGGGCAGCUCCCUGGCUAAGGCCUUUCCUGUCCUGCCUCCAGGGCCAAGGGCCAUUCUAGACAGGGUGUCUUUUACCAGGGCCCUGUCCCCAGCCUUUCUGACCUGCAGGGCCUGGUUUUGCCUUGGCAGCUGUAAUACAAAGGGAAUUCGUGGCCACUUCUCCCAGUCUGGUGCUGCCCACCAUCAGUCAGGUCAGGCACCAAGCCCCUCCAGAGCUGGCUGCAGGCCCCUGGCUUCCCCUGCCCCUCCCAGGGACCAUAGCCAAUGUCUCUUGUGUUGAGAGGUGGCUGGAAGCCUGUCCUUCCUGCCAGACACUGCCCUCCCUGCUUCCAUCUGGGCCUUGUGCCCCGCCCACAUCCCCACCCUGCCCAAACUGUCUAGCCUGCCCUGCUCCAAGGCUCAGGCCAUGAAGGGCCCAAUGGCCCCUUCUGGUGCCCUUGUCUCCCACCUCCCACCUAGCUUCCCAAGGUGAUCUCCACAGGCCAGCCUUCUCCCCUCCAUCCAUGGCCAUACCCCAGCCAUUUUGUACCAUUAUAUAAAUAUAUAUAUAAAAUAUAAAUAUAUAAAUACAAUAUGUGAAGACAUCUUCCUGGUUUUUAUUUUGAAACACUUUUUAGGCUUGUUCCGGGGGGGUCUCUGUGCUGCCUGUACUGUAUUGACCUGUUUUAUAGGUGCCUUUUUAUUAAAAAGAGAAAAUUCAAAAAUGCCA